AUGGUGAUUGAUGCUAUGAUUGAUACGGGAUCAGUGGUAUCAAUCGUCCCCCUUGGCCUACUGUUGGAGGCGAAGGAGAAAAAGAUCGAUCUGGACAGCCUGGUAACCAUCAUGGGGGAUGGUAACUCUCAGAGAGUAGUGGACGCCUCAGGGAAUGCCAUGAGCUUUUUGAUGCUCAUAGCUACAGAAGUGAAUGUGCAGGGAGCAGGGCAAGCCCGUGUGCAGUUACAUAUCCAAAGAAGCAAGGAUAAAAUAGUACUGCUAGGGACAAAUGCACUCCAAGCACUGAAUAUCCAUAUACAAUUGGGUGAGCCCAUAGUAGAAACAAGAACCCAGGACGAGAACGGUGAAUGCGGUGGCCCAGUGCGAGCAAUUCAUAGGCAUGUCAUCCCCGCGGGAGGGAUUUCUACAGUACCGGUCUCAGGCGCAGGAGUGGACGAGUGCAUAUUUUGGUCCAAUAAUGAUCGCAUUUCUUCCGGUGUACUGAAAGCGACAUGCGGCGAGGCUCUGGUAUCAGUUAGGAACAAUACUCACGAGCCUUGGGUCAUUCGCAAGGGUGAAACCCUAGGGAAAUGGGACAAAGAAGCAUGGUACGAUCCUAGGACACGGGAACUGCCUGGAGACAUGCUGGAACUGUCCCACAAACUUCCAGAAAUAGGGAGAAAUAGAGUCGAAGACCUGAUAAUCUUACUCAAUAACAACCGGAAGGCAGGUCAGCUACCUGAAGAAAUGGUGACGCUUGUAUCUGAAUAUGAGGAUGUGUUCGCAAUCUCAGAUUUAGAGCUCACACAGACCAAUUUGUUACAUCACAGCAUUGAUGUGGGAGAUAGUUUGCCCAUCAAGCAACGCACCCGACCUGUGCCCUAUGCUCUUCGUAGCCAGGUGUGUGACAUGUUGGUCGACCUCAAGAAACGGGGCAUCAUUGAGGAUAGCUCCUCCCCGUGGGCCUCACCAAUAGUCCUGGUGGCUAAAAAGGAUGGAUCAAUUCGGUUAGAGGCUGCGAUCACUAAAAUGAACCCGCUCCACGUUGAUUUCAUUUGUCCAGGAGGACUUUCAAUCGAUGGACAACGGCUUCCUUGUUCCACGAAUAUGACGUGGCAUGAGAUAUCAGGAAUGCGGAAUUCCCCAAUCGACGGUCUCAUAUUCGACUGUGUGUUCAAGCUCGCUCGCGUGGCCACAAUCAUGUCGCAGACACACACAACUUCGGAGAUGCAAAUGGCCCGUAUAUUGGACGCAGAGUACGACGCAUUAUCGCCAAGUGGACUCGGAUUCGCCAUUUCAUUCUUCUCGGCGAAAUGUCUGCACGUGAUGCAGAGCAUGCAGACGAGAUACUCCACAGAACAUCAGUUCUGCGUGACACAUCCAAGUCGCACUCCUGGCGAUCCAUAUGAUUUGCCGAGCCUUUUCGACUAUGCGUGUAAUUGGGCUCGUGCACACCCAUGGACUGAAACGCUGUGGAAAGAGCUACCUCCUAAGAAGACGCUGGUACUGUUACCGUGCGAUUUCAAGGAACACAUAUACUCAAUUCAGUCGCACUGUCAGCUCGUAAGAGUAUAUGCUAAACCGGAUGAUGUGAAAGAAACAUGGUGUCAGGACGAAUUCUCCGCUGUAGUAUUGUUCAGUCCUCCAAAGCGUUCGCCAGUGCAGCAUGGGCUCAGGCGUGGCAGCUUAUGCUGGGUAUGGUCUCAGACGGAGUAG